AUGGAUGGGAUCGGUGAAAAUAAAAACAAAUCAAUUGGAUCUGAUCAUCAAGUUGUAUUUAAAAAGAAGUUUACAUCAUUAUUAAGACCAAGACAACCUUUGAAGGAGACAAAUUCUAAUCUACCAACAUUACCUAGUAAAAAGAAUAACAAAAAAUCAUCAAUCGCUUCACCUACAAAUUUUAAAAUUUAUAAAAAGUCAUCAUCUAAUAUUUCAUUACACUCUUCAGAUAAUAAAUUAAAUAAUUCAAUUCUAGAUAAAAUUGAUGGAAAUAAUAAAUCUAAAACGGAAGAUUCAAUACCUCAAAGAAAAAAUUCUACGACUAGUCCAUUAAAAAAUUUAGUUUAUUCUGCAUCUGAUGAUCAAAACUUGAAGAAACUUGAGAUCAAAACUCCGACCAAGGAUGUAGGAUCCAUAGAAGGAUCUAAGAAAAGAGAAAGAGAUAUUGAAUCAAUUACUGGUAACCUACGGGAAGAUUUCACGGAAAGUCUAAAGAAAAGAAAACUUCAUGAUGUUAUGACCAAACAAGAUUUUGCAAAUUUGAAAAAUUCUUUCUCAAAAAGUAUAGAAAAAGCAAUUGAGGAAAGAGAAAGAUCAUCAAGAACUAAUUCACCUAAAUCAAAACCUAACUCACCAAAUGCUAAUGUGGUACAAGUUGCAAACUCUAAUGAUGAUAAAAUUCAAGAUUCAAAUGCUAAAGAAGCAAAAUCACCUUUUAUAUCAAAUCCAUUUUAUGAAAGCACAUUGAACACUUCAAAAGUAGAAAGAAAUGAAAGCAAAGUAUUGCAAAAAGAGAAAAGUGGAGAAACUAUCACUAAACGUAAAAAUUCAACCAAUGAUCUUGAUAAACCAAAGUACUUCACCAACUCACUUAUAAAAGUGGAAUCUAAAGUGGAUCCUUUAAAAGCAAGAGUAACUCAACCAACACAAAUCUCAACAGCUAAUGAUUCAACUUUACAAAAUAAAAUCAACUUAGGUGAAACUUCUGCCCACACACCUACUUCAAUGUUACCUCAAAAAACAAUCAAUCACCUUGAAAAACAACACCAACCUAUAAAAUCCAAGACCGAACCUACAAUAUCCACCAAGUCACAGCCUAGACUAUUACAACCUAUAGACUUCAACUCUUUACAUAAUAGACGACAACCACAAAAUGAAAAUUUUAAAAGAGCAAAAUUAAAUCAAACUCAAGAUCAUCAACAAUUACAAAAACAAGAGGAAGAAAAAUUGAGAAGAUAUCAAUUAGCUCAACAACAUCAACAUCAACAUCAACAACAAAGAGCUAGUACCAGAUUGCAAGGAGAAGAAUUACUACAAUGGCAGCAGUCAUGGAGAAAAAUAAUGACAGAAUCAAUUGUCUUUUUUGAAGGUUCACAUGAUACCCAACUGAUGGAAUACAAAAAAGCAAUAAAGUAUUUAAAAUAUGUUGGUUGCGAGAUAGCUCCAUUCUAUAAAACUGAUGUUACUAUACUUUUAUCAAAAAGAAUAUAUGAUGAUAAAAUCAACUAUCCAAGUAACGAUAUUUUUUCAAAUGUUCCCAAAUUUAAAACAAAAGUAUGGAGUUAUGAAAAAUUAUUCAGAUUUAUGGCAAAUCUUGGAUUAACCGGUUCUGUUGAUGAUUCCAAUAAUAGAAUUAACAAAAAAGUUCUUCAAUCAAGAGAUACAAAUUCACGUUUAUAUGAUUUAUUAAAAGAAGAGAAGAUUUAUGGAUCAACUGAUAGAGAUCCAACUGCUAAAAGAGAUGAUUUUCAUUAUUUUGGUAAAAAUUAUUUAUAUGUUUAUGAUUUAACUCAGACCGUAAGACCAAUAGCUAUAAGAGAAUGGGGUGAUAAUUAUCCGAUUUUAAAUCUUUCAUUAGAUGGUAAAUGUCCUUUUAUAAAUGAUCCAUCUGAUCAGAAUCUGGAUAGGAAAAAAUUAAAAAGAUUGAGAAAAUUUGAAGCAUCUAAAUCUCAUCGUCAAGCUUUAAAAAUAGCUACUGAAAAAGUUAUACACGGUGUUUCAUUAUCACCUGAUGAAUUUGCUGAAACAAGUACUAGUACUGAUAAAAUUGAUGAAACCUCAAGUAAUGAACAUGCAGAAUUUGAGUUUAGACAACCAUUAGCUAGGAACUCAUCAAAUAUUCAAUCUAAACCAAUUGAUACAAUGGCUUCUGGGUUUAAUGGAGCUUCAAAUGCUAUGCAAUUUUCAAUGGAUUCAAGUUUAAAUAGUACAGCAAUAGCAGCAGGUAAUGGUUUAGGUCCAUCUAUUUCAUUAGUUACAUCAAAAAAUUUAAAUAACUUAAAAAGAAGAAUAUUUAUGAAAAGAAAAUCAACCACGGAAAAUGCUAAAAGGGAAAAAGAAUCAACUCCAGGUUAUUGUGAAAAUUGCCGUUGCAAAUAUGAUUGUUUUGAUGAUCAUAUUAAUAGUAAUAGACAUAGAAAUUUUGCUUGUGACGAUAACCAGUUUCAAGAAAUUGAUGAAUUAAUUUCAAUUUUGCAUAAAGAUAAUAAUUUGCAUUAA